AUGGAGAACUCCUCAUCCCAGCUGCAAGACUUUUCAAGCUCCACAACUCAGUUGCCGGACUUUUCAAACUUUACAUCUCAGUUGCCGGACUUUUCAAACUUCCCAUCUCAGCUGCCGGACUUUUCAAACUUCAUAUCUCAGCUGCCGGAUUUUUCAAAUUCAACAACUCAGCUGCCGGAUUUUUCAAAUUCAACAACUCAGCUGCCGGACUUUUCAAACUUAACAUCUCAGCUGCCGGACUUUUCAAACUUAACAUCUCAGCUGCCGGACUUUUCAAACUCCACAACUCCGGUGAUUGUCACCUUCUGUUCAAUCACUGACUUCACUUCCUGUUGGCUAGUUCGUGUAUGUACCAUUUUGACUUUGAUUUCCUUGACAGGAAAUACUGCUACCUUCAUCAACAUACUAUAUAGACGCAAGCAGAAAGACGUAACAUACAUGUGUAUCCUGUUGCUGGCCGUGAGUGACUUUUUGACUAGUGCCGCUGUCUAUUUGGGUAUGUUCUUGCUAUUUCCACUUAUGUACAAUUUAUAUUUCAACGUUCCUCUAUGCAUUUUGUUUUUCUGGGCGCAUUACACCCCGUUCAUGUGGACGGGUUGUAACCUAGUUCUUUUGGCGUACGAGAGGUACUCUCUGAUUACUAAUCCUCUUCACUACCAUUCUUCUCAUACAAGCUCCCGUGCGGUUAAAAUAUCCCUGAUUUUACUUUUGGUUAUGAGCUUAAUGUCAAUUUCUUACGCAGUUACUUUAUCUUUUAUAAAAGUUUGUCCGGAUUACCUUUAUGUCGUGUACUAUUUCGCUUUCAUUGCUGUGCCGCUGAUUUUGAUCAUUCUUGGUUUGUUGCUUUACUUGCAUUGCUACAAAUUGUUUAAAUUGAGAAAACUCCCGAGAAUAUCUAUGAGAGCCAUUGAAAAACGCCAUUUUGCAGAACUUACAAUCAAAGUAUAUCUCAUUUGCUUAACCUACAUUUUUGGACAGUUGCCCUUCUUGAUUAACGAUAUAUUAGUACUAUUGAUAGAGUACAAAGUUCUGGAUUCAAAUGAUGGGUUAACACAUAUUCUCUUUCAAAUAGGAACAAUCGCAAUGCUUGCAAACUACGCUAUAAAUCCCUUUAUAUACUUUUUAUCGUUCAGUCGAUUCUUUCUUCUUUGCAAAUCUAAAACGGAAGUAGUUACAGAAUUGACGAGAACCAAAACUGAAUCUUCUGAUAAUUAUCUAUCUUAAUACAGCCACCUCCAAAUGAAAACUAAACAAAAACGAUUUUAAGAAAACUUCAGAGCUCUUCAAA